AUGACCCUUAUUAAUCCAUUGCAGCAUCUCAAGCUUUAUAAAGUGCAUCAGCUAAACACGUCUAAAAUAUUUUCUCAGGAACUAUUAGUUGACCAGUAUAAGAAUUAUAAUGUUCAACUCAAUGAUAAAUGGGUCAUGGAAGGAGCAACUGCUGUUCUUAAAUGUGUUGUCAAUCCGUAUUAUGUUAAAGAUUACGUUCAGGUGAUUGGUUGGACACAACGAAAUCAUCCAAUCGUUGCAGGUGGUAGGAUAAGUAUUUUACCAUCCGGAGAACUUCAUAUUCGUGACGUCAGAAAGGCUGAUGGACUUGCCAUGUAUUCGUGUAGAUCUAAAAAUAUCCUGACCGGUGACGAACGAGGAAGUGCCUUUGCUACUUUACAUGUACACGAUCCGCCUGCCAGUGACACCAGACCAACUAUAGAUACAUUUCUACCGGAACUGACGUUAAGUGAAUCCAGUACGGCGGAACUACCAUGUGUUAGCAGUCAAGCUUUACCCUACCCACAAUACACCUGGAGUAAAAAUGGAGUUCCGGUUAUGAUAGACAAUAACCGAGUCUUACAAAAUGGCGGCAAUUUGAUGAUUAAAGAUGCCAUUACCAAGGACAGUGGAGAUUAUAAAUGUAACGCAACCAAUCGUCGUGGAACGGAGACCAUUUCAACACGACUUACCAUAACCUCUACCCUUUCUGCUAUCGUUUCGCCACCAGAACAAACAGUCGAUGCUGGAUUGACGGCCACAUACAACUGCAGCACUUCCGGUUAUCCAAUUAAUAGUGUCACGUGGUAUAAAGAUGGAAAACCAUUGGUUGUUGAUGAAAGAGUAUAUAUCCUAGCGGACACGACUCUCAUCAUUCGUGACGUCAAACGACAAGAUCAGGGAAUGUAUCAGUGUUUUUUAGCCAAUCAGAAAGAAGUUACACAAGGAACUGCGCAGCUAACUCUUGGAGCUGCUAAACCAACCAUUUUGGACUCCUUUCAAGAACAAUUCGUUAAAAAUGGCCAACAAGUUUCGUUACGAUGUAAGGCUACGGGAAACCCUAUUCCUGCCGUGAAGUGGCGACUAGAUGGUGCAGAUUUACCGCUUGAUGAUCGAAUCAAAUCCAACACCAUCACAACCCUGGACGGUUACGUCAUCAGCUUUGUGAAUAUUUCCCGCGUUAAAGUUGAAGAUGGUGGGGAAUAUAGUUGCCAUGCGACCAGUGAUGUUGGUUAUGCUGAAUAUAUGAACAGACUCAAUGUAUAUGGUGCGUAUUUAUGUCAUCUUAAGCCACAUUCUGAAGUAUGA